AUGUCUGAAGGCAAGAAAAGCACCCUCUUCGUCUCGGGAGUCAGUCUCCGCACCCGAGCCAAGGAUCUCGCCUAUGAGUUUGAGCGCUAUGGGCGGCUCGUGAGAUGCGACAUCCCUGCUCCCCGACAUGGAUCGAGAUCACCCGCUACCUACGCCUUUGUCGAGUUUGAAGACCGCCGAGAUGCAGAAGACGCAUACUAUGAGAUGCAAGGUAGGCGUUUCGAUGGAUUCACCUUGGAUAUUCAGUGGGCAAAAAGCGCACCCAGCAGAACCUGGCGAUACGAUGAUCGCCGUGACUCGGACAGACCUCGAAGCCGCGAUAGUGGACGGGACCGAGAUCGCGAGCGGGACAGAGAGCCGGAUCGAGACGGACGCGACAACCGGGACGAUCGGGACGACCGAGACCGGGAUAGAGACCGACGCCGCUCUCGAUCGCCCCGCCGAGGCAGCGACCGGGAUGAUGCCGAUCGCUCGUCUAAGCGCGGCGACCGAGAUCCUGAUUCUAAGGAUGGUGUGCUCUCACCAAGGCUGGAGGAAGAGGGCAACAUGUCCCCACGACAGUGGUGA